AUGUCAUAUAAAGUUGCCGCUUUUCGAACGAAGAGCCAUUUGGUGAGACAAUUAUCGGUUUCGACGUCAAAGCCUCGUCGUGUAAUAGCAAUAAGAAGAGAAGAUCAAUCAGUAUGGGAGAGACGCGCACCUUUUUCGCCGGCCAACGUGAACAGGCUGGUGCGGCAAGGAGUUAAAGUCAUAGUGCAGCCUUCCAACCGUCGUGCAUACCCUAUGCAGUCAUACCUAAACGCUGGUGCAAUAAUCCAGGAGGAUAUCAGCGAAGCGAGCGUGAUAUUUGGCGUCAAGCAAACACCUAUCGAUCUUCUUAUACCUAACAAGACAUAUUGUUUUUUUUCACACACUAUCAAAGCCCAGGAAGCUAAUAUGCCUAUGUUGGAUGCUAUUCUAGCAAAGAAUAUUCGCCUAAUUGACUACGAGAAGCUGAUGGACGGUGCAGGGAACAGAGUGGUGGCGUUUGGAAAAUACGCCGGUGUAGCUGGAAUGAUUAAUAUAUUGCACGGUCUCGGGUUACGAUUGCUAGCUCUUGGCCACCAUACUCCUUUUAUGCACGUGGGUCCAGCGCACAAUUAUAGAAAUUCAAGUAUGGCGCGUCAAGCAAUACGCGAUGCUGGCUACGAAGUUGCGCUUGGAAUGAUGCCAAAGUCCCUUGGACCUCUAACAUUUGUGUUUACGGGCUCAGGAAAUGUAUCUCAGGGAAGUCAAGAAAUUUUCCAAGAACUUCCACACGAAUACGUACCGCCAGAGAUGUUAAGGAAAGUGGCAGAACAUGGCAGCCCAAAUAAAAUCUACGGAUGCGAAGUACGUCGUCGGCAUCAUCUGGUAAGGAAGAAUGGUGGCGGAUACGAUAAUCAGGAGUACGAGGAACAUCCAGAACGAUACGUUUCUACAUUUGCGCAAACGAUUGCGCCGUACACAUCCGUCCUCGUGAACUGUAUCUACUGGGCUGUGGACAGUCCGAAGCUUCUGACUAUACCUGAUGCCAAACACCUUUUCCUGCCUUCGCAUACACCAUGGCUCCCCAAGAGCGUUGGAGCACCAGCGCUUCCACACAGAAUGCUGGCUAUCUGCGACAUAUCUGCAGACCCUGGGGGUUCGAUCGAGUUCAUGAACGAAUGCACGACCAUCGAUACGCCGUUCUGUCUUUAUGACGCCGACAGAAACAAGGAUACGAAAAGCUUCAAAGGUCCUGGCGUGCUGGUGUGCUCCAUAGAUAACAUGCCGACACAGCUACCAAGAGAAUCUACGGACUUCUUUGGAGAUUUGCUGUUUCCCUAUGCAGACGACAUCAUGAAGUCAGAUGCCACAAAGCCUUUAGAAGAGCACGAUUUUUCACCGGUCGUUAAAGGUGCCAUAAUAACAAGUAACGGUAAACUAACACCUUCCUUUGAGUACAUCAAUGAACUAAGAAUGGCAAAUACACGAUCUCGACACAAAGUGGGAGGUCACGAGGAACAAACUCCUGUGCUGAUUCUCGGCAGUGGCCUGGUCUCAGCGCCCGUCGUAGAGUACUUGGCGAGAGACAAGAAUGUCGCUGUCACUGUUGCGUCGCAAGUGAGAGAAGAAGCGGAUGCCCUCGCCGAACGUUAUGGCGUCCGUGCGGAGUUCAUCCAAGCCAACGAUGAGGCGGCGCUGCGGUCGCUGGCUUCGAACUCAAGACUCGUGGUGUCUCUGUUGCCCUAUGAACUCCACGGACCGGUGGCAAGGGCAUGCGUCAGCGCUGGCGUACACAUGGUCACCGCUUCCUACGUGAGGCCUGAAGUCCAGGAACUGCAUGAGUCCGCGAAAGAAGCAGGAGUAACGUUAUUGAACGAAGUCGGUCUGGAUCCGGGCAUCGAUCACCUUCUGGCGCUAGAAUGUAUACACAACAUUCAAAAUCAUGGUGGACGGAUAGAUUCGUUCGUUUCCUAUUGUGGAGGCCUCCCUGCUCCGGAAUUCAGUGACAAUGCAUUACGAUACAAAUUCUCAUGGAAUCCUCGGGGCGUACUUCUCAACACUAUUUCUAGCGCAAAAUAUCUAAGUAGAGGUCAGAUAGUCGAAGUUCUGAGCGGCGGAGAAUUGAUGUCUGUGGCUCGCGAUUUAGAUUUCUUACCCGGGUUCGCCUUCGAAGGCUUCCCCAACAGGGACAGCACGAAGUACGCUGAACUUUACGGUAUAAACGACGUGCACACAAUGUUCAGAGGAACUAUACGUUACAAAGGUUUUGCGGAGACCAUGAUAGCCAUGCAACUGUUUGGACUAGUGGACCCUAACCCGCAUCCAUCUCUGCACCCUGAAGGUCCGGCUAUUACCUGGCGUCAAUUUGCCUGCGAGCUACUUGGCCUUCUAGAUACGUCGAUAUUCUACGAGAAUCUCAAGACACGGCUUUCGGAAAGAAUAGGUGUGUCGGGGGCUCAGGCGCUCGAGUCGCUGGGACUACUGAGCGAUGAUACAGUUGUCAAAUGCGGCACACCGCUCGACACUAUCAGUCACUAUCUCGGCAAGCGUUUACAACUGGAGAAAGACGAGACGGACUUGGUGGUGCUGCGGCACGAGGUGGGAGUGACGUGGAGCGACGGGCGGCGCGAGCGGCGCGAGGUCACCAUGACGGUGCGCGGCGAGCCGGCGCGCCACACCGCCAUGGCGCGCACCGUCGGCCUGCCCACCGCCAUCGCCGCCAAGAUGCUGCUUGACGGCGAAAUCCAAGACCGCGGAGUGGUGUUGCCGUUUUCUCCUACCGUAUACAAAUCUCUAUUAUCAAGACUAAGGGCCGACGGUAUUACUGCGAAAGAAGUCUGUAGGCCGCUUAAUUAA